AUGAAGCCUGUCUCUCUCACGUUCAUCGCCAGCCUUCUGGCAACGCCGGCUGCGGCGGUCGAGUACAUGGUCACCACUUGUGCUGACCUUGCGGACGUCGACGAUACCCAGGUCACCGGCCUUACCAUCGACGCCAACACCUUCGCCUGCGAUGAAUACACCCGCUUCCGUGUCCGCAACUCCAUGACGCUCAAGGCAACAGUCUCCGCCGUGGAGUUCGGGAACUUCUCGCUGAAGGUUCUUGGAGAGCUGACGGUCGAGCCCGACGUCACGUUCAACGGCGUCGUUGAUCAGUCGAGUGAAGGUACAACCCCUUCCGUCGGUCUGAGAUAG